UCCGCUGCAUAGCUUUCCAAGAACAGUUGUAAUGGCAACUGUGCGCCAUUUGGUGUCUGGUGUGGCGAGAGCGAGGAGAGGAGAGGAAGUGAGGAGCGUUGCUGAGGAGCAUUUUGAUGAUGCGGGUUGCAUAUUGCUGAGCUGCGUCAGGGCAUGCGUAAGCAAGGGCGCCUAAUACUGAUGUGGACCUGAAUGCAGGACGGGCAAAGCUGCAGGAGGAGUGCUUGCCAUGUCCCCCUGAGAAAAGUUUGUAUCGAUCUGCAGGUAGGCUGAGAGGAGGUGGAGGCAUAGACAAGCAUAAUAAGCAAAGCAGUUGCUGUACCUGCUCAUCCCUCAUUCCUGCCUUUUUGGUUUUCUUUUUUUUUUUUGGCUGGGAUGUGUCUUUGUUCUUGUGUUUGAAGUCCACAGCAGGGGUUUGGCAACAAGCAAGGACCUGCUGAAGAGAGGUCAGUGAGGAGGAUGACAACAGAAGAAUAAGGAAAGGAGGGAUGAGAAAGAGGCUGAAGUAACAGGAGGAAGUGGAACUCCAAAGUGCCUAUUGCGAGGGGUCGUCUGCUGCUGUUUAGCUGCUGCACUGCUGUCUUCUCCUGGAUAAGAGCAGGACGGAGCCCAGUGUGUGUUUGGCCCUGAAUGGAGGCUAUAUUUUAUCCUGACAGCCACAGAGUCAUCCAUCCCAUGUUGCUGAGCUGCAGUCCCCUCAUACCCUGAGCUGAGCCACCGCCUCGUCUCAUCAGCAGAAGGACGCCAUCCCUAUAAGGUUCUGCUUUUUUUCUUUCUUUUUAGUUUGUCAGCCAGUCAAAAGAUAACUAGUACUACAGCGACUGCCACAGCCUUGGCCAUGUUGACGUGAAUGUAACAGUGACUUACGGUGGGUGUCAGUUGACCCGGCGGCCAGGUGAAGGCGCAGGCACUCGGAGGCAGGGCAGAGGGCUAUAGACAGAGUUGUCUCGUGCCUCCCUCUCCUUGAACAGUGUCUGUCUCAACGACAUAUCCAAGCAUGCCAGAAGCGAUGUCCUCAGAGUAGUGUCUGCUUUUUCUCCUCUCUCUCUCUCUUUUUUUUUUCUCAAGACAGAGCUGGCCUCUGCUUAACAGUCAACCCCCUCUAUCUCACAAUAGUGAAACUUCAGCUGCCACUUUUCUUAGGAAGAACUAACAAACAUCCCCCAAAAAUACCCCAACCAAAAGGACAAGCUACUUAUUUGUGCUGAAGAAACACUGAAAAUAUUUUUAUUUCUAUUUCCUCUGUGUUUUUCUUGGGAUUUUUUCCCCUUGCGUCACUAUUAGUCACCCUCGCAUUCAUCAGACAGUUUUCCGUACGUCUGGCCCCCCACCACCACCACCACCGCUGCUCAGUGUUUGCCUGUGAUGGCUGUCAGCAUGACCAUGGGACGGGACACCAAAUGGCUGACCCUGGAAGUGUGUCGUGAGUUUCAGAGAGGCACCUGCUCACGGUCUGAUGCCGAGUGCAAGUUCGCCCACCCCUCCCGGAGCUGCCAUGUGGAGAAUGGCCGUGUCAUCGCCUGCUUUGACUCACUCAAGGGGCGCUGCACACGUGAGAACUGUAAAUACCUGCACCCGCCUCCACACCUGAAAACCCAGCUGGAGAUUAACGGGAGGAACAACCUGAUCCAGCAGAAGGCUGCAGCAGCCAUGUUGGCUCAACAGAUGCAGUUCAUGCUGCCUGGAGCACAGCUGCAGCCCAUAACAACAUUCCCAGUGACGCCUUCCCUGGCAACGAGUCCCAGUAUGGCCUUCAGUCCAUAUCUGAGCCACAUGGGCCCAGGCAUGGGCUUGAUGCCUGAGCUGCUGCCCAGUACUCCCCUGCUGGUCCCUGGGAGUCCCACCGGCCUAGCAGCCAUGGGCAACGGCACCUCCGCACAAAAACAUGUGCGUACAGACAAGCUGGAGGUUUGUCGAGAAUUCCAGCGCGGUAACUGCACGCGGGGUGAGAGCGAUUGCCGCUACGCUCACCCCAUGGAGGCUGGCAUGGUGGACUGCAGUGAGAACUCUGUGAUUGUCUGCAUGGACUACAUCAAGGGCCGCUGCAGCAGAGAUAAGUGCAAGUACUUCCAUCCCCCUGCUCACCUGCAGGCCAGGAUCAAGGCUGCGCAGCAUCAAGCCAGUCAAAACACUGCGUCCGCAGCCUUGGGUCUGCCACCAGCGGCCAUGCAGUCGCUACCAAAGAGGCAGAUCUUAGAGAAGAGCAAUGGAGCUGCUGCCACUGUCUUUAACCCCAGCAUGUUCCACUACCAGCAAGCCCUGGCUAACAUGCAGCUCCAACAACCAGCCUUUAUCCCCACGGUAGACCCGUCUGAGCUUCUGACUCCUGACCAGGUGGAGCUCCAGUGCGUUCCCAUGGAAACCCAUUUCUGUCCCGUCCCCAAACUGCUGAUGACGGCUCCGGUGGCCCUAAACUCAGCCCGCUGUAUUCUCACAUACAGUCAUGAAUCAUUAGUCUGUGUCUGCCUGGAAUAUGCAAAAUGCUCUGUUCAUUGUUUCCAGUGACCAGAUCCUUUAGCAUGUGGACAGUUCAUUCGGUCCCGAGCAUACUUCUGGUUCCCGGGGUACAAACAAAGGGCCUUAUUUCUCGUUCACUGUAUAAAGAUGUGAUAGCUGUGUAUAAAAAUGACAUGUAUUAAUGGUAAGUUUAGCUUUUUUUAUUUGACAUUUUAAAAAAACACAGCAUGGAAACAAAAAAAAUCAUUUAUACAUAGUUAAUAGUUUGUGUAGACCAACAAAAAAAGGUAUAAUAAGAGAAUCUACAUUUGUAUACAAUGAUGGAGUCAUUGUUAAUGGUAAUAGUUGCUGUUGCUAUGGCAACAAAAUGACAACAUGGCUACCUUUCUAUUACCCUAAUUGUGAAUUUUUUCACAUGAAUUGAAAUGACAUACAUCACUAACUUAUUCAAAAAGGGAAUGUCUAAUUAGUUUGUCUUGUAAUUGCGACAUGAUUAAAUAUUUUGUAUGGAAAACUUAAAUUCCUUGUAAUAUCCAAAGGUCCUUAGGGGAGAUCAGGUGUUUAUUUUGUUUUGUUUAUUUGAGCUUAAUUGUUUUUUCCGUUCUUGUACAUGGUGUUUUUGAAAAAAAUACGAAUGGAUUUUGGCUUUUAAAGCAAACACCUAUCUGUCAGGGAGGUAAAGAGGCUUUUGGACUGAACGCGAGAUUUGAAUUCUUCAUCUGUUUUCUGUCAAAUUCAAAUACAAACGGCUGUCUCUGUAUGGAGGUGCAAACCUUCGUCAGUGAGUUCUGUUUCAGUUUCGGCCAAGAAGGUGGUCCAGAAGCCUCUUCCUGCCCAGCUGUGCUGGGUGAUGUCGAUCCUUGCCGUGGUGUAUACGAAUGUGUGAUGUUCACCUUGUUUGCACUUAUGUACAUAACUAUGUCAGAAUACUCAAAAUUUAUUUUGAAUAAAUAUAGAUAAAAGAGUUGAUUAAAAAUCAAAUCAAUGUAGCGUUAAUGAUGAGUAUGUCUAUCAUUUUAUUAUAGUAAAAAAGAUUGCUUCAUGUCCUUUUGUUUGUUAGUUUUUUUGUUUGCUAGAGCCCUGUUCUUUGCCAAGCAUGACAUUGCCUAGCUGUGAACCACGAAUGGUUUGCUUUUAAAAACAAGCUUUUAUCAGUUCAUUUACAGAAGCAAUUUUGGUCCAACAAUGUCUGACCCUAACAUCAAACAAGAAAGGUGGAUUAAAAGUAACAGUUAAACUGGAAUAUAUAUGUGAUGAACAGUGCUUACCUUGCCCAUAGCUCAUGAAUACACACCAACAUGCAGGUGCACAUAGUAAUGCACCAACAUAAAGCACAGAGUAGCUCCACCUACAGGCUGUCUGUAGAAAAGCAGCCCAGAAAAUAAGAUCAGACACAGAUCAGACUACAGGAGGACUCUGGUGUGAGAUUUGUACACAGGGUUUAAAGUUCACAUUCAUUUCUGUCAUUUUGUGAAAUGAGUUAUUAUUUGCUCCCUUGGUGUCAUUAUCCAAAACAAUAAUAAAUCUGAAUUCUCCUCAGGAUUACAGUCAAAAUUGCAACCUGGUUUUCCGAUGUUACUCUUGCAGCAGCAGCAACAUCCUUACACAACUCUGUUCCUGCAGAUUUGGACAUAUGAUGCUCUUCAAUUGCUCUUAAAGCCAGCGAUUUUGUUGCCAUGGCACUUGUCCUAGUGGUGGAUGGACUGAGUCAUCCUGGUGAAUCGGUUCACAGCCCUCUGACUGUUGAAUAUUGACUUCCAAGGGUCUGUGCACAGAGACAGGUCUCUGUUCUGUUCGACGUGUACCCACAACUCACCAAAGCUUCUCUACUUUGACUCACCAGCUCUCAUCAUCACUACUGUCUCAAUGUACGGGGGAAAAGUGAUUGUGGAGUGGACUUAACAUACAUAUGUGGGUUUCCAGUUGCCAACAAACGCAUUUAUUUUUUAGAGUGAUAUUAUUAUUAAAUUGAUUAAUUGUUACCAUUCAUUUAAAGCAGUUCAGUUGUAAUUGUGCCUUUAUCAUGCAAAAUAUGAUUUUAUUGUUUUGUUUUGUUUAUGAUCAACAUUUAAAUCUCAAAAACAGUACAUGUAUUAAUUGUGUGUAAAGUGUAUCCCUUUAUUUUAAAUCCUUUUGUUGGUGAGCUGUCAUUAAAUUGGGUACAAUCGAAGUGCCAGACUUGAAUGGCAAACCUGCGGGAGGUGACGAGGGCCAAAGACUGUUCAGGACUAAGCCAUAUGAAAAACUCUUUCUGACACUCUAGGACAGACUUGAAAGUGACUGCUGUUUCUUAGUCACCUAUCGUUUCACUCUGUUUUCUGCUUGUGGUGCUUGUAUGUGCUGCUGUGCUACAUGCCAAUUUAUUUUGCAGUGUAUAGCUAUUAAGAGUAAGUUAAUGUGCCUAUGAUGAGUUCUGCGAUUUCUGUUUGACCUUUAAUAAAACACAUAAUUG